CCUCCCUCAUGUGGCUGCUCACUUGCUUGAAAUGCUCCAGUUCCUCCACUAAAUUUCAUUUUUCACAGUAGCACGUUACAAUUUUUCUCCAUCACAGGAUCACACAGGUAUACUGGUUAAUAGCCGACCUAAAUUAACUCAAUUUUGAUUCUACAAACAUUGAAGAGUAACAAAGUUGUUUUUCCAUUUUUGUUUAAAAAAAUUGUCCUCUGUUGAUGUUGUCUAGUACGAACAUGAGUCAUUACACUUUUCAGAUAUAUAGCAGAGAUCUGAUUCUCCAUUGCAAUUUCUCUAAGGAUUUUGACGGCGGCUUUUUUUGUUGUUCCAUUUAGGCAAAAAUUAAAGAAGCAUUACUGAUUGAAAGACUCAAGCGCUAUGAAGUUCCUAAACUUCAGGGGCCUGAGGUGAAACCACAUAACCUAACUGGUGAGGAACGGUUCUACAUGAAGAAGAUGGCCCAGAAAGGGUCUAACUAUGUACCAGUUGGCAGAAGAGGCAUAUUUGGUGGUGUAAUACUGAAUAUGCAUAUGCAUUGGAAGAAACAUGAAACGGUUAAGGUCAUCUGCAAGCCUUGUAAACCUGGUCAAGUACAUGAGUAUGCAAAUGAAAUUGCCAGAUUAAGUGGUGGAAUCCCAAUCCAGAUGAUCGGAGAUGACACUAUAAUCUUCUAUCGAGGAAAGAAUUAUGUGCAGCCAGAAGUUAUGUCGCCAAUUGAUACAUUGUCCAAGAAAAGGGCACUGGAAAAAUCGAAGUAUGAGCAAUCAUUGGAGUCUGUGAGGCGCUUCAUUGCCAUUGCUGAGAAGGAACUUGAACUAUAUUACAGGCACAUAGCACUUUAUGGUGAUCCAAAUAAUCGGAAUCCUAACUCGAUACUCGGCAGCCCAAGAAAAGGCUCUGAUAAGCCAAAGAAAGUGGAACUGCUGCGGAAGAGACACUAGAUUCAACUCUGGAUGGAGUUUCCCCACUUCUUUCAGAUGGAGAAACUGAAUACACGGACGAAGAACUAUCAGCAGCAGAAUACAAUUCCAAUGACGAAGAAUUGUCUGUAAGGGAAUUAAAUUAUGAGGAUGAUCAGAGCGAAGAUGAAAGAGAAGAAAGCUCUUCAAGCAUGCAAGAGAACUUUACUAUGCUGGGUUCACCAUCCGUCUGUGGAAGUGGAGAGGAUUUUGACAAUCAGGAAAUUGUAAGAGAAACAAGCUUUAAACAUGAAAUUUUAAUUUAAUUUAAUUUAU